AUGCCUGGAGGACGAGGGGCGAAGAAGAGUGGACGCGGUGACGGAGGACGUACUGAGGCGUCACGUCAGUCGCGUCGUGUUCAAGGUAUGGAGCCUGAGGAGCACAAGGACCUGGAAACAGUCGUCCGCGACGCUCGGAAGGCGAAGAAGGCUGCUCGCGAGAGCGAGGCAGUGCAAGGUGGGGACGUCGAGGCGUCUGCAGUCCAAGGUUCGACGGAGGUGAAUUCUGGGUCGCGGAUUCCUGAAGUCCCAGAGGAGCACACCCGCGAGGGUGGUGUUCAGGCGUCUGAGGGAGGCGCCAAUGCGGUUGAGCCCCCGGAGGUGGUUGACUUGGUCUCAUCUUCGGACGAGUCUGUUGUGGAAGUGAAGUCGGAGCCCGUGCGAGCGAAGGAGGAGGCGAAGACUCAGAGUUCCAAGGUGAAUUCUGGGUGCGCACCACCUGAACCCAGAGUUUCAGCGCCAAGUUCGCAAGCGACACCCAGGAAGACGCCUGAAAGCGACAUCCGGGAAGCUGCUGCGCCUGCUCCGGAAUCGGGAGCAGCGGCGUUGGACGCCAGGAGCAUGGUGCUGUACGUUCGACGUGAAGUUCGACGCUGGGAAGUGGUGAAUCCUGGGAAGGUGACGCCGCCAAGUGUCGUUUAUGAGUGGCCGACUCCGAAACCGGAUGCCAACUCGUACUUCGCGGCCGCGUACGCAACGGGAGACUACCUCAUGUCUCUGGAGGAUCAAGAUGAAGCCUGGAUCUCUGAGUUUCACCUCGCCCGGUGGGGCGUCGGAACUGCUCAGGAUCUCAUGGCGACUACGAUUCCCCAGAGUAUCAUGACCACCCGCGAGUGCGUCGCCAUUCUGCAGACUCUGUUCUUCGAAGCCGGAUUUGAGUUUGUCAAUUUGAUCCCUGGCUGGUCUUCGACGCGUGCUCCCAGGAUUCCAGAAAGUCUGGUGCGCUCUGUCAUGGAGGAAACCCAGAAUUUCAUCGCCGUGGAACUGGUCGAGUGGAGAUUGGUGAUAGCUGGUGUGUCUUUCAAGGUAAACUCUGAAGAUCACGCCGCACCAAGCGCCCAAGAGCAAGCACCAAGGCUGGACUACCACAAGGAAGAUGGAGACGGUGAUCUAUUGAUGACAGACUACGAUGUGGAUCUACUGGGCCGACAGUUUGACCUGAGAUUCAGAGUCACUGGACUCAGGAUUUCACGGAGCCCACGAGGGUCGAGUGGUGGUGAGCCACGAUCCAAGCGUACUCAGCAUGGACCGCCUCGGCCACAAGUCCCGUCAACGCCAUCCGCGCUGUCUACACCGUCGCUGUCCUCUCUUCCAGCGUACAAGUCUUCGACUGGUGCCUCGCUUCAGAAUUCCACUCCCCUGAAUUCCGUGUCCAAUGGACGUGAUUCUCUGGAGGCGGAAGCCAAGGCCACUACCCCAGGCGCGGUGCCAAGUGUCAUCGGUACCUCGCGCGCUUCGGAUGAGAGUACUGCCUCGGGCGUUCAAACGUCUUAUGGUAGCUCUUCGUCUUCGUCGAUGAUGUCGCUUGGACAACGAGUUGGAGCUCUAGCGCUUGUGGCUCAGAAUGCCGGUGGCUUUGCAGCUGCCGGUGAUCUUGGAUUUCAGGUUACCCGGACAGUCAUCCCAUCGCGUAUUGUGUCAGUCGACCAAGAUGACGUUGAGAUGGCAUCGUCGGUGCACUCUGACGCAGAGAUCGCACCCAGGAAGGCCGGUCUCCCCAGGAUUUCAGCCACGACUUCCGAGCCGAAACUCAGGGUUUCUGCCCCGAUUACUGGAUUUGGUGGUCCAAGGGAUGUCAGCGCCGAUGAGCGGAGUCAACACCAGAGCUCUAAGAGCGAGGUGCGCUCUCGACGCUCAACGAAAUCCAGAAAAUCAUCUGCGUCGAGCCGCUCGAGUGGAUCCAGGAAUCUUGGGUCAGUUUCGUCCGUGUCCGCGAGGUCUGGGCCCGCCCAAAUCGAGCUGAACGUCUUGCGACAACAGCAGGAGUGGCAGGCCCGCAUGGAACAUGAGCAACGCGAGUUUCUCGCCAGAGAACGCCUGGAUGCCUUGGAGCGCGAGCGCCUCAGGGAACAACGUGACCUGGACGCGCGUCGCCAGAUCCAGGAACUUACGGAUCGCUAG